AUGAACGACGACUUCAACGUCCUGCUCGCAAAGGUGGCCGCACAUCUCGCGGAGCGCGACGCUACGCUCGACACCCUCCCUGUCACGCCUAGUGCGGAGGCUGUCCAUGCUGCGGUAGCUGCGCUUCCGCACGUGCUCCCCGAGGCAGGGAUGGGCACGGGCCCGACUCUCGACUACCUCCUUUCCUCCGUCAUCCCCGGUUGUCUGACGGCACAGAAUGGGCCGCGGUACUUUGGAUUCGUGACGGGCGGCGUGACGCCGGCCGCGCAGCUCGCUGAUAUCCUAGGCAGCGGAUACGACGAGAACGUCCAGGUGACGCUGGGCGAUACGAGUGCCGCGACUGCAGUCGAGGCGCGGGCACUCGAGAUGGUACUCGACCUCCUCGAGAUCCCUAGGGAGACCUACGCCGGGCGCACCGUAACGACGGGCGCGACGGCGUCCAAUGUUCUCGGACUUGCCUGUGCGCGCGAGGCCCUGUGUCGCUCAUCCCCCCACACGCCGCCAAACUACUCGUACGCGGCGAGUGGCCCUCCUCCAGGCAUGACCUCUCCCCCGAUCGUUGUGCUUGGUCUGCAUCCCCACUGGAGCAUCAAGAAGGCUGCUGCCCUCGUCGGGUUAGGUAACGGCCCGAGCGUAUUCCACUCGCUUCCUGCCGACCCGGAAGAUGAGCUGGAGAUCGACCUCUCCGCCCUCCGUGGCCGAUUGCUGGCCGAACGCUCGAUCGGCCGCGGCGUCAUCGUGACCUACGGCCUCGGUGAGGUCAACACCGGCGGCUUUGGGCGCGGGCUGCCCAAGGUCGCGGAGCUGUGCAGGCACUACGGAGCGUGGCUACAUGUCGAUGCCGCGUUUGGAGGGUUUGCGGGUGCGGUUCCAGAGCUGCGCCACCUCGUCGACGGGAUGGACAUGGCCGACUCGCUCACUCUCGACGGACACAAGUGGCUGAACGUGCCGUAUGACUGCGGGCUGUUCUUCACGCGCGACGCACAUGCCCUCCCCUCCUUCUUGGGGCCCAGCGCGGCCAAUACCCCCGCCUAUCUGGCUGCAGCUGAAGCCGCCAUCCCAUCCCCGCUGACUGUCAACAUCGAAAACUCACGCCGCUUCCGCGCCCUGCCCCUCUUUGCAAGUCUCCUCUCACUCGGCAAGGACGGUUACGCCGACAUUGUACGGCGCAACGUCGCAUUUGCGCGCCGCGUGGCCGCACACAUCGCUUCCCACCCCAGCUACGAGCUGCUGAACCAAAGCCCCGAGUGGCUGGUGAACGACGAGCCUGUGCCCCUCAACAUUGUGCUGUUCCGUGGAGCGCCCGGGUCACGCUUCGACCCGACUGCAGCCGACGCUCACUCUCGUCUCACCGCGGCGAUCAACGACACUCGACGGAUGUACGUGAGCGGCACGCAGUGGGCUGGUAAUGGCGCUGUGCGCCUCGCCGUGAGCAACUGGCGUACAGGGGACGACGACUUCCGAGUGGUCUGCGCUGUCCUCGACGAGGUCAUGGCAUAA